AUGUUCAGUUUAGUGUGUAUUGCUAGAAAGGUUUUUUUUUUGGAGAGUGCAUGUGAUCAAUCAGCACUGUCCAAACAGAGGUCAGGGCUCUGCAUCCUCCUACAGCAGAAUGAAAACUCCUCCUCCACGCUUUAACCAGUGCUCGGCUGGACACUGAUAGAAGUCACAAGACUGCUCUAACUGCUGAUGAGAAAUGGUAUUUAGCAGUGUAUAUUUACUAAAAUAAUCAUCUUCCAUGUUCUGUGUACUGUGAGAGACCAGAUAUAGUAAAUGCAGGGUCCUGGGAGACCAGAUAUAG